CUUUCGGCGAGGGCAAUCCGUCAAGUCCCAAGAACUUGGCUACCAAGCUUGGCAUUUUAGACUUCUUGGCUGCACUGAUGCACAAGAUGGCAACGACCUGGGCACAACUUUCUUCUCAUGAGUAGACUUGGGCGUCAUCAGGUAGCUGUUCGCCAAGUGUUGUGCCGACUGGCUCAAAGAUGCCUGCUCAGUACUGGACAUGGACACCAGAAAUUGGCUGUUCUUUUGGAAAUUAUCCUUGACUGCAUUCUUCAGCUCAUCGGUCGGAUACUGAAGUACUGAACGGUUCGAGUUUGGAACACUUCAUUCCGCCCCGUCCCCAAUCUCUCCAUCUCCGGCUCUCCACCUUCCACAAAUCCCCAAAUCGCCACAUCAAAUCGAAUCCACCCACCACGGACCACGCAUUCGCCAUGGAGUUUCCCAAGCGAGGGCGAGCUUUUCUCCAAGGUUCCCUGCGAAGGAGCCCCAAGGCGACGAUACCUGGAGCCGCCACGGGGGCCGACGAGAACGCAAGCUCUAAGCAUCUCGUGCCGGUGGGGGCCGCGUCGCCGAAGAGGAAGAAGGUGCUCGGGGAGAGGAACGACAGCGGCGUCGGGGGCAUGGAGGGCGCCGCGUCGGCACCAGUGCAGCAGCCAAAGCUCGCGUUGAGCCCCCCGACGCCCGCGAGCCGCGGCGCGGGGCCGUACGACCCGAAGACGAACUACACCACGCCGCGGCCGGCGUUCCUGCGCUACGACCCCGAACGGCGCCGCGAGAUCCUCCUCCGGGUGUCGCGUGCGGCAGAGGUGAUGUACGACGACUGCUCCAGCACCACAUCCGGCACUGCGGCCUCGGAGGAGGACGGUGGCUCGUCCUUGGCCUCGGACGCGGCGGCAGACUCCCUUAUCUCGUCGCCGCCGCUACGGGGGGGGGGGGGGGGCGUGCGCGGGUUUCGCGGCGUGGGCUGGUGA